AUGCCUUCAAAAACUUUAUUGGUUGAUUUCCCAGCGGUUGUCAAAUCCAAAGUGUUGGAAAAGUUGGACUUGGUUUCGAUUUUAAAACUACGCAAAGUCUGCUAUAAUCUCCGCCAGUUUAUUGAUGAGAACCCACCGAAAGUCAACAGUUAUGCUGUUGAAGUCACUACUACAUAUGGAGACUGCAUGUCAAUUAUUAUGGAAUCACCAGAUAGUCUGAACUUCAGUCCAUAUGAAAAUGGUUGCAUAUUAGAAUGGAGAACGCCUUCCGGAGUCCGCAAGAAUGUGGUUGAAAUGGGAAAUUAUAUUGAUAAGUUUUUGAAAGAAUUCAAAAUAGUUAUGAAACAUCAUUGGAGGCCGGUAUUGAAUUCCUUUGCAAUUGUCCUAUCCCAAGAGGGAAAUAGUGAACAAAUUCUUGAAGAAUUGACUAGAAUCGGAUGUGUUUCUACCGAUGAAGUGGUUUUUUAUGGAUGUGCAUUUGACCAGAUUGCCGAAUUUUUACCAUUUUUUAACUCCGAUGAUUUGAACAAAGUUCGAAUCGAGUUCCCCUACGAACAGGAAGAAGGAGGCCAAGAGGACGACAUCAAAAUGUUGAAUUUGGAAGAAAUCCGACAAUUGAACCAGUGGAAAAACUCAAUACACGUGAAAGUUGAAGCAGGGGAUUUUUGUGUCCGAAUUCAAGAUUUCUUACAUUUCGAAGAAGUUGAAAUUCAUUGUAAAAUGAUAUCAAUUCAAGAUUUGGUUUUGUUAAAACAGAGUUUCCUGACGUCUUCAACGUUGACAAGUUUUGAUAUACUAAUAGUAGAUGUAUUCAAUGAGGAAGAGGAAUUUUGUGUGAAUUUCGGCCAUCCAUCUCUAUUUGUCGACAACGCCAACUUAAAAGAAAAAUGGUUCUUCCGGAUACCAAAUGACGAAGAUGUGUUAAGUGUAACAUGUAAUAUUAGGGAUCGGUUCAUUUUUCGGAAAAUCAAAAUUCAAGAUGUUCCAAAUUGCGCUGUGAUUAAAAACUAA